CCGCUAUCAAAUCAGUUCUAGGCUAACCAGACCUCCGACUUAUCUCAGCUCGGAAUGAUAUUAAAUGCUGUCGGUUUGUUGCUCCUGCUUGCCAGUCAGGCUAGGGGGCAGUCAAUAAAAAUAAGAAUACCUGUGUGGGAUGCUUCCACUUUAUUCACGCGAAUCACCGGAAUUAGAAUCAACUCAGGAAACAAUAACAAUCCAAGCCCAUCGAAUAAUAACCAGCAGUAUAACGAAUACACUGAUUAUUUGAACGACUAUUAUAAUAACUAUUGGGCAAAUGCAUACCAGAAUCCAGGACAAUAUGAUCCAUAUGGAUAUGGAUACUUCGGACCAUAUGGCCCCUAUGACCCCAACGCAUUUCAAACUACAACAACACCUUUUCCAUUGACUACAACUGAUGACGUGACAACAUCAACUCAAGCUCCAACGACUAUACCAACAUCAACAACAUCACCCAUAACUACAGAAACUGCGUCGACAACUGAAAGCCCGAUAACGUCUUCUGCGAUUCCCACAUCAACAACACCAGAUCAAUCCACAACAUCAACUACAAGUUCAACAAUGGAGUCCGCAUCGACAACUGAAAGCCCGAUAACGUCUACUGCGAUUCCCUCAUCGACAACAACAGACUCAUCCACAUCAUCCAGUAUAAGUUCAACACCGGAUUCCGCAUCGACAACUGAAAGCCCGAUAACGUCUACUGCGAAUCCCACAUCAAAAACACCAGAUUCAUCCUACAACAUCCACUACAAGUCCAACAACGGAGUCCUUCAACAACUAGAAUCUUCAACUACAACUGAAAGCCCGAUAACGUCUACUGCGAUUCCCACAUCAACAACAACAGAUUCCUUCACAACACCCACUUCAAGCUCAACAACGGAGUCCGCAUCGACAACUGAAAGCCCGAUAACGUCUACUGCGAUUCCCACAUCGACAACGACAGACUCAUCCACAACUGCGAUUCCCACAUCGACAACGACAGACUCAUCCACAACAUCCACCACAAGUUCAACAACAGAAUCUUCAACUACAACUGAAAGCCCGAUAACGUCUACUGCGAUUCCCACAUCAACAACAACAGAUUCAAGUUCAACAACAGAAUCUUCAACUACAACUGAAAGCCCGAUAACGUCUACUGCGAUUCCCACAUCAACAACAACAGAUUCCUCCACAACACCCACUUCAAGCUCAACAACGGAGUCCGCAUCGACAACUGAAAGCCCGAUAACGUCUACUGCGAUUCCCACAGCAACAACACCAGAUUCAUCCACAACAUCAACAACAAGUUCAACAAUGGAGUCCGCAUCGACAACUGAAAGCCCGAUAACGUCUACUGCGAUUUCCUCAUCCACAACAACAGACUCAUCCACAACAUCCACUUCAAGUUCAACAACGGAGUCCGUAUCGACAACUGAAAGCCCAAUAACGUCUACUGCGAUUCCCACAUCGACAACGACAGACUCAUCCACAACAUCCACUACAAGUUCAACAACAGAAUCUUCAACUACAACGUCUACUGCGACUCCCACAUCAAAAACACCAGAUUCAUCCACAACAUCCACUACAAGUCCAACAACGGAGUCCGCAUCGACAACUGAAAGCCCAAAACCGUCUACUGCGAUUCCCACAUCGACAACGACAGACUCAUCCACAACAUCCACCACAAGUUCAACAACAGAAUCUUCAACUACAACUGAAAGCCCGAUAACGUCUACUGCGAUUCCCACAUCAACAACAACAGAUUCCUCCACAACACCCACUUUAAGUUCAACAACAGAAUCUUCAACUACAACUGAAAGCCCGAUAACGUCUACUGCGAUACCCACAUCAACAACAACAGAUUCCUCCACAACACCCACUUCAAGCUCAACAACGGAGCCCGCAUCGACAACUGAAAGCCCGAUAACGUCUACUGCGAUUCCCACAUCAACAACACCAGAUUCAUCCUCAACUGCAAUUUCUACAUCCACAACAACAGACUCAUCCACAUCAUCCACUACAAGUUCAACAACAGAAUCUUCAACUACAACGUCUACUGUGACUCCCACAUCAAAAACACCAGAUUCAUCCACAACAUCCACUACAAGUCCAACAACGGAGUCCGCAUCGACAACUGAAAGCCCAAUAACGUCUACUGCGAUUCCCACAUCGACAACGACAGACUCAUCCACAACAUCCACUACAAGUUCAACAACAGAAUCUUCAACUACAACUGAAAGCCCGAUAACGUCUACUGCGAUUCCCACAUCAACAACAACAGAUUCCUCCACAACACCCACUUUAAGUUCAACAACAGAAUCUUCAACUACAACUGAAAGCCCGAUAACGUCUACUGCGAUACCCACAUCAACAACAACAGAUUCCUCCACAACACCCACUUCAAGCUCAACAACGGAGCCCGCAUCGACAACUGAAAGCCCGAUAACGUCUACUGCGAUUCCCACAUCAACAACACCAGAUUCAUCCUCAACAUCCACUACAAGUCCAACAACGGAGUCCGCAUCGACAACUGAAAGCCCAAUAACGUCUACUGCGAUUCCCACAACAACCACUACAAGUUCAACAAUAGCAUCUUCAACUACAAUUGAAAGCCCGAUAACGUCUACUGCAAUUCCUACAUCCACAACAACAAACUUAUCCACAUCAUCCAGUACAAGUCCAACAACGGAGUCCGCAUCGACAACUGAAAGCCCGAUAACGUCUACUGCAAUUUCUACAUCCACAACAACAGACUCAUCCACAUCAUCCACUACAAGUUCAACAACAGAAUCUUCAACUACAACGUCUACUGUGACUCCCACAUCAAAAACACCAGAUUCAUCCACAACAUCCACUACAAGUCCAACAACGGAGUCCGCAUCGACAACUGAAAGCCCAAUAACGUCUACUGCGAUUCCCACAUCGACAACGACAGACUCAUCCACAACAUCCACUACAAGUUCAACAACAGAAUCUUCAACUACAACUGAAAGCCCGAUAACGUCUACUGCGAUUCCCACAUCAACAACAACAGAUUCCUCCACAACACCCACUUCAAGCUCAACAACGGAGUCCGCAUCGACAACUGAAAGCCCGAUAACGUCUACUACGAUUCCCACAUCAACAACACCAGACUCAUCCAAACCAUCCACUACAAGUUCAACAAUAGUAUCUUCAACUACAACUGAAAGCCCGAUAACGUCUACUGCAAUUCCUACAUCCACAACAACAGACUCAUCCACAUCAUCCAGUACAAGUUCAACAACGGAUUCCGCAUCGACAACUGAAAGCCUGAUAACGUCUACUGCGAUUCCCACAUCGACAACGACAGACUCAUCCACAACAUCCACUACAAGUUCAACAAUAGCAUCUUCAACUACAACUGAAAGCCCGAUAACGUCUACUGCAAUUCCUACAUCAACAACACCAGAUUCAUCCACAACAUCCACUACAAGUCCAACAACGGAGUCCGCAUCGACAACUGAAAGCCCAAUAACGUCUACUGCGAUUCCCACAUCGACAACGACAGACUCAUCCACAACAUCCACUUUAAGUUCAACAACAGAAUCUUCAACUACAACUGAAAGCCCGAUAACGUCUACUGCGAUUCCCACAUCAACAACAACAGAUUCCUCCACAACACCCACUUCAAGCUCAACAACGGAUUCCGCAUCGACAACUGAAAGCCUGAUAACGUCUACUGCGAUUCCCACAUCAACAACACCAGAUUCAUCCACAACAUCCACUACAAGUCCAACAACGGAGUCCGCAUCGACAACUGAAAGCCCAAUAACGUCUACUGCGAUUCCCACAUCGACAACGAUAGACUCAUCCACAACAUCCACUACAAGUCCAACAACGGAGUCUGCAUCGACAACUAAAGGCCCAUCAACAUUAAUUUGCAUAACUUUCCCUGAACUUCCUAUUUGUCAGUCUGCCAAAGCAUUGAGCUUUGAAUUAAGUAAACCUGGGAUGUCUGAUAUUGCGGCAUCGGGCACUGUAUUUAAGCCAGAGCAACCACAGGCAAUAACUUCAAUGCCCCAAUCAGUGACUUCGCUCUGUUUCUUUUACCCUCGUCUGUGCCUGAAACCGGAGGAAGCCCAAUUUGUUCGUCUCACCGACAGAAAUGGAAAGCCCCUGUUGCUAAUAUCACCGGUUGAAGGACGAUCCGCUCAAUCUCAACAGAAACCAGCUCUUUGGCGUGCUAUAAGUAAAACCAAUGGACAACAUGACUUAACUAUCAAGUAGGCUAGGUAGUCAUAACGGAAAAUAUUAUCUUUGGCCGAGUAGAGACAUUAGGCAAGGAACGACCAUAAUCUGCUAUAAAUAAAGACCAAAAUUAUAUUUAACUUAAAAAUUUGAAACAAAUCGAAAGUUCUUAAGUUAAUAUACUGCGGAAUGACACUGCAAUAUAUAUACGAGAAAUUCUAAAAACUAUUUGCAGGAUAAAAAGCAAUGAAAAAUAUAGAUUAUUAUUAUUUUGUUAUUAAAAAAUAGGGUCAGAGAUGUCACCAUCUCUGCGUCAACCAAAUGGGUUUGAAAUGUGCCAGAUUGAAAACUCGCUAC